AUGAGUUUAUUUAAACACAUCCCCUGUCCCAAGGGCGAUGAUUGCGCAGCAAGCCUCUGUCCAUUCAACCAUCCAAAGGAGAAAUAUGAACCACCAUCACAAGGACUUUCAUCAGAUGACACGAGUAAUGAGACCACCGCAGCAAAUCAGGAUGUACCACGCAAGCGUGUGAGGACAGAUCCCUUUCAUCCGCCUCCUUCACCUAAAACUCCCCAGGAUGUUGCACCCAGCUCUUCUGGAACAUCUCGUGGGGGUUCAACGGAUGAUAUCCCAAAGCCAGUAGCCAAGAAGCUUGAAACAGCAGCUCGAACAGUCUCUCCUCCACCACUGAAACGGAAAAUGGACACUCAAGAUCACACUCCAAAAGCUUCUUCAAAGAUUGCCAAAACAAGUCAUUCUGCUACUGAAUCACGUCCGUCUUCUGCCCGAAAACCUGUACCAGUAAAGCCCAAGAAGGCUGAGACACUGAAUCCGAGACUCCUUAAACGAUUGCCUGCUGCUCAUGACGUCCGUCUCAGGCUAGUCAAAAUGCUUCACCAAGAACUUACCCGACUGAACAAAGAACUCAAAGCUAAGAUCAAGAAAGACGAGACGAGACUUCUACUAUCAGAUCAAGAUCUUAUCGUCCGAACACUAGACGAAGAGGAAUACGUUGCCGUCCACAAGACCGCCGUGUACUCUAAUGUCAUGAAAAACAAAGUCAUGCAAUACAAGCGAAUGAAGGUUGAUCAGUGGAAGGCUGAGAGAGAGGAUGAAAUAAAGAGGAAGGAACUCGAAGCAGCUGGAAAAGAUCCUAACGAGAAACCCACGGAAAUCAAGACCGGCCUGACCCCUGCUCAGGAGGUUGAGCUUACGAAACGCAUAUUGACUCCCAUCGAUAAGCUAUCAAAUCAUGGUUAUGUUGCUAGCAUACCUUCAGAAGCUGAUAUCGAAAAGGCGAGACAAGGUAUAGCAACAGCCGCAGGAUGGGAGAAAUGUGACCGUUGCCAACAACGCUUCCAGGUCUUUCCUGGAAGACGUGAAGAAGACGGUGCACUCACUUCUGGUGGGACAUGCACGUUCCACUGGGGAAAGACCUUCAUCGCCCCCAAGGCUCCAGGCGACAACACCAGGCAGCCCAAGCGAUAUCAGUGUUGUGGACAAGAAGUCGGUGACUCUGUUGGCUGCUUCACUCGUGAUCACCACGUAUUCAAGACCUCAGAUCCCAAGAGACUUGCCUCUGUGCUUAACUUUGCAGAAACUCCCGAGAAUCCUGUCGUGCCUACGGACAGAGCAGUGGCUUUUGAUUGCGAGAUGGGUUAUACAGUUUUCGGCAUGGAACUUAUCCGUCUAACCGCAACAUCAUGGCCAACGGGCGAGGAGCUGCUAGAUGUUCUAGUUCGACCGUUGGGAGAAAUUCUGGACCUCAACUCGCGAUACUCCGGUGUCUGGCCAGACGAUCUCGCCCAAGCUGAAUCAUGGACCGCGGACAAAUCGACGAAGCCAACUAAGAGUAGCGACGACGAUGCUGGCUUACCAUAUCGGUAUAGCCUGAAGAUGCUCAUGGAUGUUCAUCUCAACCGCAAGAUUCAACAGGAGACGGGUCCAAAAAUGGUAGGCCAUGAUUCUGCUGAAGAUGCAAGGGCAGCAGGAGACCUUGUUCGUCUCAAGAUUAGGAAUGAGUGGAUGGAUAUGCAGAGAGAGGGUUGGAAACUGGUGGAUGGUAAUUUCGUGGCUCCUGGGAAAGCUUCAGGAUUGACGGAGGCAUUCAUCGAGGCAUAG